AUGAUUGUCGUCAUCUUAUACUCUCAGGUAGAGGGAGAGAUCAGUACAAUGCUUCCUCUGCAUUUCAUCAAGUCUCCCUUGAUCACGAACAUAAGAUUAGAUAUCCUGGGACUCUUGGCCAUCUUAGGAGAGUCUCCUGUAGCUCAGACUGCACAGAUAGCUUUCCAAUUGUACGCUGGGUUCUUGCCACGCCUUCUACCUGCUCCGCAAGCACUGCUGCGAACAACCAGGCCAGAUAGGCUCCCAACGAUACCAGCAGACGUCAUUGGCUAUCGAUCGGGCAACUUUCGCCGUACUUUGGGCCUUGUACCGCGUUUGCUUCACCCAGUGGACCAUAUCCCAAAAUACCACGUCCAGUGCCUGAGAAUCGAGCGAGCAAAUCCCGAUAAUGCACCAGUCGUCACCGCCGCCACGUGGGGUCCCGUGACUUGGCUCGCUAUGGCAGGCUUUGGAUUGUGGGUGGCCGGUAUCGGCCUCUCUGUUACCUACGGCGACGGUAUGGCAAUCCUAGCGCUUGCGUGUCUCGGGCUCGUUUCGGUUUUUGGACAUGCAGGGCACUUUUCCGAGAUUCAACUGGCAGAUUAUAAGAAGGUUAGGAAGGUGCUGCCAAAAGCCGACGUUGUCAUCAGAUACCCCAAUGGUGUCUUCCAGAUCAUUUCUUGUGACGAAGAGAUCGCACGCAAGCUGUAUGUUGAGCCGACGAUAUGCGUUUACAAACUUCACAACCCAGAUUUAUACCGCUUCCUUGCCAUGGUUGCCACCCUCUUGCUGAUGAUAGGUGUGGUCUGUCUCGGCAAUGCAACUUCACAGCUACAAUUUGCUUGCGCAUGCGCUUUUCUAGCGCUCAACGUCGCUUUCUGGAUUGUGGCAGCCCUUCCAGAGGAGCAACACUGGGAUCUCGCUUCUUUCAAAGUCGAUCCAACAGACAAAUGGGCUACACCAAGGUUCUCCCAAGCUCUAUGGACUGUUAUUGCGAGUACUGGAUCUACCAAGUGGGUGAGAGCUGCCAACAUUGCCCCGAACAAUGACGCUUGGGACGCAUGGUUAGAUGAAGCUCAGAGCCAUCUGGAUCCAUGCAAGAAGCCUAUAUUUAAAGCUGGGACGAUGAUUGAGCCAUCGUGGAAUGCCCAGUCCGCUUUGGAGCGACACCUGGAGCAAUUUGAAAUUCUCGACGAUCAACCGUCGCUACAUCCUCCAGAUACAAGGGAAGAUGAUGACAAGCAAGACGUCCUGGAUCAAACCACAGAUGAUUGCGACGCUGCUGAGAGCGAGGCGGAGGAAGUCGAGAAGCCGGCCCAAUGUCAUCUAAAGCCAGAAUGUGAUGAUGAGCUAUGA